UGUCCAGUUUAGUGACUUCGGGUCAUGCAGACUGACACUUAGAGGGAGGAGUUACAGAGUCUGAUGGCCACAGGCAGGAAGGACUUCCUGUGGUGCAUUGUGGGGGGAUGAGUCUUCCGCUAAUGUUAAGUUAACAGCCAUGAUAUGAUAUUUUGUGAUGCAUACACUGGAUGGACUGGCUGACAGUCACGGUCCCCAGAGGAUGAAUCCUCAUGACUUUAGUGAUCCACCAAGAUCUUGGCAUUUGAGUUUUUGCCUCAAAUUGCUGCAGUGAUGUGGAAGGUGUCCAAGGUGUGUCAGUACUCCAUCACUGCUGGGGAGGAACAGCACACUUAGAGGGCAAAGGUCUGGACCCUGGCAAGUUUCAUUUAAUUAAAACCGUUGAAGAAAAAUAAGGAAAUGAAUAAAAACGUGAAGCUGAAGGUGUUUUUCAGUCCAAGGCCAGCUAACGCCGGACGGGUGGGGGGUGUUGGCCCUUCACAGUGGGGCCUCCCUGAGGAUCGCCUCCUUGUUAAUUGUGUGGUCAGAGUGUGAAGUAUGAGGGUCACAUGUUUGUACUGUCACCUCCAAACCACCAACCACACGCCGGCCUGCACGUCUCAACCCGCUGCAGGGCUCCAGCCGGCAUCACGGACAUGCUGUCUGGGCUAAAGUAGUGGCUGCUGCUGAACCGGCUGGUAAGACUUCAUAUAACAGCUAUUAUUUACUUAGCAUUUAAUAAUACCGCCUCACUCGGCUGUGUCCUGUUGCCAAACAUGAGCCGGUCCUGGCCCGUGUAUGGCUGCCUGAUUUGGGCCGUUUCUGAACCAUACUUUGGUAGUUUUUGUGCCAUUUUUGUGUUAUAUUUUUGUCCCAAGUUAGACAUCUUUGGCACCUUUUGUAACAGAUUUUGUUGCUUCAUUUCAUUCCAGCCAGAUUUAGUGAACUGUGGUGGAUUUCAGAGAGAGGGGGGACAAAGAGUAAAGAGAUCCAGUGAGAGUCCUGGUGUUGGAUUAUGGCUCCCAGGAGGAUGGAAACGAAGCCGGUCAUCUUCUGUGUGAAGACGCUGCUGCUGCUCUACUCCUUCAUCUUCUGGGUGACAGGUGUGGUCCUGCUGUCGGUGGGGUUAUGGUGGAAGUUCAUGUUGGGCCCCUACAUGUUGCUGAUCUCCAGCGGCCCCUCCAACGCUCCGUACGUCCUCACCGGCACCGGAGUCGCCAUCGUGCUGUUCGGACUGUUCGGCUGCUUCGCCACCUGCAGGGGGCGCCCCUGGAUGUUAAAACUGUAUGCUGUGUUCCUGUCUGUGGUCUUCAUGACUGAACUCAUCGCUGGAAUCUCUGGAUUCGUCUUUCGCCACGAGAUUAAGGGGACGUUCCUCACUACGUACAGCGACGCAGUGAUGAGAUACGAUGGACGAGACGACAGGAGUCUGGCUGUGGACGGUGUUCAACGUAGAUUACACUGCUGUGGAGUUUAUAACUACACCAGUUGGUUCAGCAGUGUGUAUUUUCCGGUCAGUGGGAUUCCUGCCAGCUGCUGCGUUAGUUUCUCCGACUGCAGCAUAGCCGACCUGAAGAACGCAACUCUGGCUGCACGCAAAGUCCACAAACAGGGCUGUUACGAGUUGGUGACGUCCUUCAUAGAGAGCAACAUGGGAAUCAUCGCUGGAGUUACCUUUGGCAUCGCCUUCUCUCAGUUGAUAGGGAUGACUCUGGCCUGCUGUUUGUCUCGCUUCAUCAACGCCAACCAGUACGAGAUGGUGUGAGAGGAAAUGGUCGCAGAUGCACGUUACCAUGGGAACCUGGAAACACACACUCUCACAGCGUGACGUGUGAAGCGGUCGGCGUUCGUCUCGUGUUUGUUUUGGGUUUUUUUUUGAGGCUGUGGAUCCCUCGGACGUUUGGCCCUUUUUUCUUUCGCGCCUGUUGAAGCUGAGUGUUUCGCCUUCUGUGAAAACCUGCAGGUCAAGAAAAAGUGCCGAAUCGAUGAGAAGAAGAAGAAGAAAUACAUUCAGAAUAAUCUCAUGGAGCCAAACUGACGGUUUAUUUUGGGUUUACUCGACUGAGUAAAUGUGUGUGAGGGGUCCGCAGGGGCCCCGCUGCACCCGGAGCAUGCGUACUGUGUUGUUACUGACAGUAUUUAACUUCUGUCGGCGCUCUGGGAUCUGACACUUCAAUAAAACACUUCAUCACCUGUCACACGUUGCCUUUCUGACUAAUCCGAUGCUGUCACGUCUUUAAAGAUAGACAUGUCAUUUAGCAUGAAAUGCUACUAAUAUGAAUAUUAAUAAUAAUAAAAUGAGUUUAAGCUGAAUAUGAAAGCAGCUGUAAUGUUGCAGGGCAGCCAGCGGGGGGCGAUGUCUCCCCAACAGGAGGCUUUGUCAGCCAGUGAGGAAGAAACCGCAUUUAUUCUAAAUUUACUCAAAUUAGAGAAGCAGUUCAGAAAUCAUUUUAGGAAACUGAAACCAACAAAUAUGAUGCCGAUUCUUAUUUUCAGAGUAUAAAAAAACCUUCAUAAUAUUUUACGAUUCAGAAAAUAAAUGUUUUAUUUUAAAUCUAAUGUCGCGAGUGCGAACUCUGUCAUCGAAGGCGAAGUUUCGAUCUCACAACACGAAAUGAAUUCAUCACAGCACUAAUGAGGAAAUGGAAUAAUAACUAUAUUUGAUUAAAAAAUCUAAUAAAAACUACAAAUUCACGACGCAAAAUACAAAAAAACAACAAGAAAAGGUUCAGAGUCUUGUUUUCAUCUUGUGAUCCUGAUCUUCAUGCGCUGGAAACGCAAACAGGAAGGAAACUGUUAGCAUAGCAUCUGGGUCAAAAAUGGUCCAAAACUGCAUGAAGUUUGGUGUGAGCUGAUCAAACACAAUGUGUGUACUUCGUAAAGUUCAGAUACUUUCUUCUCAAGGUUACAAAAAAAAAACACGGAGCGGCGAAGCUUCAAAAACUGAAAAUAAUAGCGAAUAAAUACGCUAACAACAAAAACAUUAGCUGCGUUAAAGGCUGGAAAGCGACGUCAGAAUGUUCCGUCUGCAACGUAACGUCUUACAACGGUCCCUCGUGACGUCACGCGGCCUCGCCCGCCUGUGAUUGGCUGAGCCCGCGUCGGCCUCUCCUCGCCCCUCCCGCCCGGCCGCUCCGCCCCUCCCGCCCGGCCGCUCGGAUGAAACCAACCCGCUGACCGCUCGGUGCUCCAUCCCGGACAGAUUACCGGGCUGAAAGCAGCGACGCGACCGAGGAACGGCACCCGACGUACGGUAAGCUCUCCGGGCGCCUGCACCGCGGAGGAACUUCGGUUAAUGCGGCGGACAGAUAACAGGCCGCCUGCGACGGAGAAGCGACCCGCCGUCAGCGAAGUGUGGAGCCGAAAACACGCAGCUACAAGCGGCCUGUUUGGGACGGGAGUCCGCCUCACUGUCUGGUUCUCUGGCAGUUUCCUGUUUCCGUAAAGUUGUCGCCUGUUAUUGGACCUGCGGGGUGAAACCGCCGGCUGGCGGCCUGCAGCAGGAGACGCCCCCCAUCCUCCGCAGGGACGCCAAACUGCAGACUGUUAAAGCGGGAAACCGGCUCUUUGAUCCACGAAGACGCGGUGACCUGGUCCGGCUCUCGGAGCCCAGAGGCUGGUUAAGACCUGGAUCUGGCCGUGGCCUCGUAAUAAUCCUCUAAAGAGCAUUAGCGGGCUAAGUUUGGCCCUGGACUGUGACAGGCGGCUUCACUUCAGGUUCGCUCACCAUGAUGCAGAUAUCUGAAUCCUACAACCAGAAGAACUCGCUCUUCAACGCCAUGAACCGCUUCAUCGGCGCCGUCAACAACAUGGACCAGGCGGUGAUGGUGCCCAGCCUGCUGCGGGCGCCCCGCUGGGACGACGCCGAGGACCCGAAGGCGGAGAGCCCGCUUAACGGCGGCGCUUACUUCCACCAGGGCGCCGACAUGUACAGCUCGACGUGCUGCUCAAGUCCAUCCGCAGCGACAUGGAGUGGGGCGUCCUGCAGGGCGAGAAGGUGGGCGCGGCAGAGGUGGACGAGGACGACCUGGAGAAACAGUUUCAUUUCCACCUGAAAGGACUCCACACGGUUCUGUCCAAGCUGACGUGCAAGGCCAACACGCUCACGACCCGCUACAAGGAGGAGAUCGGCUGCGGGAACUGACCGCGGACUGAUCCGGUUCCAGACGUUCUGCACGGCCUCGGUUUCCUAAACGUUUCGGCUCAUUAACUGCAGCUCCGCUUUCAUUUCUGCUUCCUGUCUGUGGGAAACUGUCACAAUAUAAACAGGCUGUAACAACAGAAGCCAGAGGCGGUAAACGUCCAAACAGAGAGCGUUUACAACCUUUUUAGCUCGUGUGUCGAAUGUCUACCUGCGACCCCGUUUAACCAGAAACCAACUUUUUAAGGGAAAAAGACCCGAAGAAAUAAAAUCAUCCAGUAAUUCACAAGAAAUAAAGCAAAGAUUUGGAGAAAUAUGUGCAGAAUAUAAUCAUCUGAGCUGCUGGGGUUUAAUACAAUCUAAAAUUGGCCAAAUUGUGAAUGAAGGCUGGGACUGGACGGUCAAAACACACGAUUAUGAAUGUGACCAGACAUUCGAUGCCAACAGCUUUUAAGAAUAGGAAGCGAAACAGCAUGGAGGCCUGACACCCGGGCAGCGACUUCUCUUCACUUCUACUGGAAAGUGAAACCUGAAACUGGUUUGAGAGUCGGCUGCCCGGCAUUGUAAGUAUUGAGUCUGUAAAAAACACAAACCCAGUAAAACAGAAGGGUCAGGAUAGUCAGGGUAUCUCCACCUGGAAAGACUUUGGAGUUCAUGAGCUGAAACACCAGUGUGGUUCAUUAAAACACAUCGGCUUCAUCGCACAGGGAUGAUACACUGUGGGCGUCUGUCUGUCCGUCGGCCUGUCCUCUCCUGACGUUUCACGCUGUAAAUCCAAAACUAUGCAACGCUGAGAGGAGCCUCGCUGCUCGGCUUUAAGCGGCAGCUUUAAUGUCUGGAUGUGACGAUUCUGCCGACCUGCUUCAAGGCUUUUAUUUAACUUUCUGAACAAUACGAUCCUGGUGAGCGCUCCCAGCUGCCUUUAGGCCAGUGAGCUCAUUUCUUUCCAGAUGUUUUUCUGUCUUUAUGAUUGGAAACUGAAUAUUUUGGGGUUUUGGACUCAUUUCAUCCAUUUAAUAUGGUGCUUUUGAUGAUCAGCAAUUGAUUCGUGUUGAUGGUUUAGUCUGUGAAAUGUCAGAAAUCAGUGAAAACUCAGAUUCAGUUUCUCGUCAUAAAAGACUUCAGAGAACAUUUUUCCUUAAUCGAUCGAUGAAACAGUUUCUACUUUCCUUUAAAGAACAAUAAGUUUGAUGUUUAUGUGAAGCUCAUUCAGAACUUCAGCUAGAUUCUCCUGAAUUUAAAAGCUUUUCUGCUCUGGUUAACAAACUGUCUGAACUGGAAGAUAAACUGAAUAGAAAACAAACUGCAGCUUUAUCGACUCGAGCUUUUGUAGUCGAUGACAUUUCUGUAAAGGUUUUGGGACUCUGUGUGUGUGAAUAAUACUGUAUGUGAAAAUAUUAACGUUACGUCCACAGAGCUAUGCAUUUUCUAUUUAAUGUCCAGCUUGGCAAUUAAAGGUUUUUGAUGAGUA